CAAAACGUUAAUUGAGAUUAGAGACUAGAAAACAAAGAUGGCUGCUCCCUUCAAGAAAACUUCGGCACGGCAUUUACAACCACGUGUAGAUGUGAAAGUCACCCCAGAUACGUUAUACUGGAAAAAUUUAGAUGUUCCUGUGACAAAGAAAGAGUAUGGUGCUAUAACAGACAUUGAUUUCUGUCCCACUGCGCCACAUUAUUUUGCUGUGACCAAUUCCACAAGGGUACAAGUUUACAGCCCUACCUCCCUGCAGAUUCACAAAACCAUCAGUCGGUUCAAAGAGGUGGCAUACUCUGGCAGUUUCCGUAGCGAUGGUAAACUGUUGGUUGCCGGGGGAGAUGAGGGGUCUGUCCGACUUUUUGAUGUGGACAGUAAAUCAUUACUGAGGCUGUUUAAAGGUCACAGUGGAGCUAUCCAUGUUACGAAGUUUUUGACUGACAAAACUCGAAUUUUCUCUGGUUCCGAUGACAACAGUGUGUCGGUGUGGGACAUUCCAAGUGAAAGUCAGCUUUUAUCAUACAGAGAGCACCAGGACUAUGUCCGUUGUGGCAUUGCUAGUGCCUCCAGCACAGACCUUAUUUUGACAGGCUCCUAUGACCACACUGUAAAGCUGUUCGAUACCCGGAUUAAUGACUCCGUGAUGACGUUUCAACAUGGCCACCCGGUGGAGAGUGUCCUGAUGUUCCCGAAUGGCGGAAUCUGUCUGUCUGCAGGUGGCAAUUACAUUAAAGUCUGGGAUCUUUUGCAAGGAGGGCGUCUACUUUCAACAUUAUGUCAUCACCACAAAACUGUGACGUCACUUGCCUUCUGCAAUAAUUUUACGCGAAUUCUGUCCGGAUCGGUAGACAGACACAUCAAGAUUUUUGACAUCAGUACCUACAAGGUUGUGCACACUCUGGACCUGCCUGGUACAGUUCUUAGCGCUGCAGUCUCACCGGACGAUGACAUCCUAGUUGUUGGAAUGGCAGAGGGAUUGUUGUCCAUACAGAAAAGGAAAACGCCAAAAGAACCGACCAGUAAAAACAAGCAGACCUCCAGAUACAACGCAACAGGGAAGACUUACCAACCCCAGAAGACCGACUUUAUUGUUCAUCACAAACGGAAAGAACAACUUGAAAGAUAUGACAAAUACUUCAAGAAAUUUGAAUUUACCAAAGCUUUAGACGCUGCCAUGAAGAAAGGUGUAAGUAUGCCAUCACCAGAGGUCACAGUUCGAGUUCUUCAAGAACUAAUGAAAAAAGGAGCAAUCAAAGCUGCCCUAGCCUGUAGAAGCGACCUCUCUGUUGGCUACAUCAUACAAUUCAUCAAAAGAAACAUUAGCAAACCAUCAUUUCAACCAGUGCUUCUGGAUGUCGCUGAUUUAUUACUAGAUCUGUACGCCGAACAGGUGGGUCAGAGUCCUGUGAUGGACUGUCAGCUGACCGAGCUCAGGGAGACGGUGGAACAGGAAGUGAACUAUAUGACAGAACUAAGUGAGGUUAUGGGCAUGCUCGACACGGUGUUUGCUUCGGCAGCCAUGAAAACGAGCACAACGUCAUCAGAAACUGUGCCUGUAAUGACGCCAUCUGCUGUGGCACAAGCAGCUGAUAUUUAAUAAAAAAUAAAAUAUU